CUCUCACAAGCGCUGUCACAAGCGCUGUGACCCUUAGUGAUCGAUCACACUUGCCCGUGCAGUAUCAAUCACGCUGAACACGCGCGUGGCACUGCGCUAUGAAUCUCACUCUACCGGAAGCAGCGCAGCAGCAGCACCACCUGGAGGUGCAGCAGCAGCAGCCGGUGACCAGGGAUUUCGUAGUGCAACUAGUUAUCGAUUUCAUAGCCCCAAGCGGGCUGUCUCCGCGCGAAGACCCAGCGCGACGCGAGUCCGAGGCGCUCCUCGGCGAGUGGGAGGCGACUGGACUCGAUGGCGUGCCCGCGCCAGACCUUGACAGCGCCGACGAGGAUGCUGAGCCGCUGGGUCGCAUCAUUGAGUCUUAUCCUGAAGCUUUAAGCGGCACGGACCUUGGCGAAUGGGAGAUUGAGUUUGACGAACAACUCCAGGUUAUGUAUGGGGCGGGUCCGCAGCCUAGAAAAAAGCAUCCGCGUUGCGACGUCCCCCGAAGCGGUCUGUGGGCUCUGGUGUACUGUGUUGAAAGGUCAUGUAAAGAGGCUGAGGGCUCUCCGCGACGACUAUAAGGGCCAUUGCGAAACUCUCGAAGCCAAGAGGCACCAUUUGAUCAAUAUUAGAAUCAAUUAUGAGCGCUCCCCUGGUUCAGUGGACAUGGACUCGCCGCCGCCCGACGAUGAUGACUACUAAGCUUGGGAAAGCGAUCACUUGGGUGCUUCACUAAAUAGCUAGCCGCGCCUUUAAAAAAAACUAACUAG